GUGUCAGAUUGAAUGCUCUGUGCGCAUGUGCGAAGGUGUCCAAACUGACAAUGCUUGGGAGAUGAAGAUAGCGCGGCAGAGCUGUUGCGGGUUCAAGGAGGGAUCCGCUCCGCCGUCAAGAUGAGAUCCAAGGCGCGAGCGAGGAAACUGCCCAAAAGUGACAACGAGAUUGUGAACAACAUGUACGAAACUGAGGCAGACCUCCUAGCAGGCGAGAGCGGGGAGGAGGAGACCGAGGACAGCAUCAUGUCCCCCAUUCCCGUGGGGCCGCCAUCCCCUUUCCCCGCCGGAGAGGACUUCAACCCCAAGGAAGGCUCUCCGUAUGAAGCUCCUGUCUAUAUCCCCGAUGACAUUCCAAUCCCGCCCGACUUUGAGCUGAGGGAGUCUUCCAUUCCAGGGGCAGGGCUGGGCAUCUGGACCAAAAAGAAGAUUGAAAUUGGGGAAAGAUUCGGGCCUUACAUGACCUUUCCAAGGACGACGUUGAAAGAAGCAAACUUUGGAUGGGAGCAAAUGCUUACGGAUCCUGAGACAGCUUUGCAAGCUGGCUGCAUUAAAAAGAUUGGCGAUGACCUGGGCACUGAGAAAUUCUGCGUCGAUGCCAACCAGACAGGAAACGGGAACUGGCUGAAGUACAUCCGGGUGGCUUGCUCCAGUGAAGAACAAAACCUAGCCGUGUGUCCUGUGAAUGACCAGAUUUAUUAUAAAGUUAUUAAAGAAAUUGAACCCGGAGAAGAGCUGCUGAUGUAUAUGAAAGAAGGUACUUAUCCGACUGGGAACAUCCCACCCAGUUUGGAAGAAGUGCACACGUACCGCUGCGAGGACUGCGAUGAACUCUUCCAGUCAAAGAUGGACAUGAGGCGGCACAAGAAAUACUCUUGCAAUGCCGUCAGCUCCCUCUAUGAGACCCUCAGCGAGGAGAUCAAGCAGGAAGGGGCUUCCGAUGGGCAGGUCCACGAGUGCAAGGAUUGUGAGAGGAUGUUCCCAAACAAAUACAGCUUGGAACAGCACAUGAUCAUCCACACUGAGGAACGGGAGUACAAAUGUGACCAGUGUCCGAAGGCCUUCAACUGGAAAUCAAACCUGAUUCGUCACCAGAUGUCGCACGAUAGCGGCAAGCGAUUUGAAUGUGAAAACUGUGUAAAGGUGUUUACUGACCCCAGCAACCUCCAGAGGCACAUCCGUUCUCAGCACGUCGGCGCACGGGCGCACGCUUGCCCUGACUGUGGGAAAACCUUUGCCACUUCUUCCGGCUUAAAGCAGCACAAGCACAUUCACAGCACUGUCAAACCUUUCAUAUGUGAGGUCUGCCACAAGUCCUACACGCAGUUCUCCAACCUGUGCCGCCACAAGCGCAUGCAUGCCGACUGCCGGACCCAGAUCAAGUGCAAGGACUGCGGCCAGAUGUUCAGCACCACCUCCUCACUCAACAAGCACCGUCGCUUCUGCGAGGGGAAGAACCAUUACAACCCCGGGGGGAUAUUUGGGCCAGGCUUGCCUCUCACUCCCAGCUCAAUGAUGGACAAAUCCAAGCCAUCUCCUGCCCUUAACCAUGCCAGCCUGGGGUUCAGCGAUUACUUCCCAUCCCGGCAGCACCCUGGAGGGCUCCCCUUCUCCCCCGCUCCCCCAGCGUUCCCAUCCCUCGCCCCUGGGUUCCCGGGCAUCUUCCCUCCUUCGCUGUACCCCAGGCCCCCUUUAUUACCUCCGACGCCGCUGCUGAAAAGCCCCCUCAACCACACUCAAGAUGCCAAACUUCCCAGCCCCCUGGGCAACCCAGCCCUCCCUCUGAUCUCAGCCGUAAGCAACAGUGGCCACCCCGCCUCCGGGGAGGAGCGUUACAACAGCAGCAACCUGGGGAACUCCUACCUGGAGAAGCUCAAGGCCAGGACCAGCGACAUGUCAGACGCAAGCGACUUCGAGGAUGUCAACACCACCACAGGAACGGACCUGGAUACCACCACCGGGACAGGGUCUGACCUGGAGAGCGACGCGGAGAGCGACCGGGACAAAAUGAAGGAGAAGAGCAAGCCGUCCGAGAGCAAGCCGGAUUUCGGCAGCGGCGCAGUGCCCACCAGUUCCGCUAACAACAUGAGUGACCUCCCCCUCUUCUACUCGCAGCAUUCCUUCUUCCCUCCCCCCGAAGAGCAGCUCCUCCCCAUGGCAGGAGCAGCCAAUGACUCCAUCAAGGCCAUCGCCUCCAUCGCGGAGAAGUACUUUGGGCCCGGCUUCAUGGGGAUGCAGGAGAAGAAGAUGGGCUCCCUCCCGUACCAUUCCAUGUUCCCCUUCCAGUUCCUCCCCAACUUCCCCCAUUCGCUGUACCCUUUUACGGACCGCACCCUCAACCACAGCUUGCUGGUCAAGGCAGAACCAAAGUCGCCCAGGGACCUUCACAAACUGGGCAGCACCAGCUCUGAGUCGCCCUUCGACCUUACCACAAAGCCAAAAGAAAUCAAGCCAGCCUUGCCGCCCCCCAAAGUCCCGCCCGCUCACCCGUCCGGGGAGGAGCAGCCGCUGGAUCUCAGCAUCGGCAACCGUAUCCGGGCCAGUCAGAAUGGGAGCCGGGACUCCCGGAGGAACCACGUGUACGGAGAAAGAAAGUUGUUGGCCAGUGAAGUAUUACCCAAGAUCUCUCAGGCUCAGAUGCCGCCACAGCCAUCACUGCAUUACGCCAAGCCGUCUCCUUUUUUCAUGGACCCCAUAUACAGCAGGGUGGAGAAGCGGAAGGUGGUAGAUUCAGUGGGCGCAUUGAAGGAGAAGUAUCUGAGACCAUCCCCGCUGCUUUUUCAUCCUCAGAUGUCGGCAAUAGAAACCAUGACGGAGAAACUGGAGAGCUUUGCAGCCAUGAAGGCGGACGCCGGCGCUUCCUUGCAGCCCCUCCCGCACCAUCCCUUCAACUUCCGGUCGCCGCCCCCAACACUGUCCGACCCCAUUUUGCGCAAGGGCAAAGAACGCUAUACCUGCAGGUACUGUGGUAAAAUAUUCCCGCGUUCAGCAAAUCUGACCAGACAUCUGCGGACACACACAGGAGAGCAACCUUACAGAUGUAAAUAUUGCGACCGGUCCUUCAGCAUUUCAUCCAACCUCCAGCGCCACGUCCGAAACAUCCACAACAAGGAGAAGCCAUUCAAGUGCCACCUGUGUAAUCGUUGCUUUGGCCAGCAGACCAAUCUCGACCGACACCUGAAAAAGCACGAACACGAGAGUGUGCCAGUGAGCCAGCACACGGGCGUCAUCACGAACCACCUGGGGACCAACGCCUCCUCGCCGACCUCAGAAUCAGACAACCAUGCACUUUUAGAUGAGAAGGAAGACUCGUAUUUCUCCGAAAUCAGAAACUUUAUUGCAAAUAGCGAGAUGAACCAAUCGUCGGGCUUAGCAGAUAAAAGGCCUGAAAUCCAGAAUGCUGAUGGCAACUCCCAGUGCCAUGGCCUCGCAAAUGACAAAACGGAGGAUGUCGACGAGGAGGAGGAAGAACUGGAAGAGGAAGACGAUGACAGCCUGACGGGAAAGUCGCAGGACGAGACGGCGUCGCCGACGACAGAGCCGCAAGGAGGGUAUGAGGAUGAGGAAGAUGAAGAGGCCACGUCCCUUACCAUGAGUUUUGACCGCACCCGAAGGUGUGUUGAGGAGGACGAAGCCGGCCUGUUAGAUUUGGAGCAGUUACCGCAGUUUGGGAAGGGGCUGGAUCUACGCAAGGCGUCCGAGGAAGCUUUUGAAGUUAAAGAUGUGUAUAACCCCACCUUAGACUCUGAGGCAAUAAAACAGACUCUGUACAGGCAGGCUAAAAAUCAGGCUUAUGCAAUGAUGUUGUCCCUUUCUGAGAACACUCCCCUCCAUCCUUCUUCCCAGAACUCUCUGGAUGCUUGGUUGAACAUGGCAGGUGCUGCUUCUGAGCCAGGAGGCUUCAGCGCCGUCGGUCAUCUCUGAGAGGCUGGAGGAGAAGGCGCCCGGCCCGAGAUCCCAAGCAAGGAGGCCGAGGUGCCACACGUCUCCCCUCUCAGACCUUCUGGUCAGCAGCGGAGGACUGGACAGGAAGCCCUCGGGGCUCACCCACCCACCACCGGGAGAAGGAACCCACCACGGACAGCUCGUUCCCUGUUUCGUCUGACCUAGGAAACCACCACCGCAGCAGACCCGGGGGCCUGCCAUCUCUCGGACGCAUAGUACAUCCCAGGAGCGAAACUUGCUUCCUGCAUUGGGCUGGGAGGGGGGGAGACCAGGUGCAUUUGUCGUUAGCAAAUCCAGUCAUGCCCCACCCUCUCACGUUACAGACCGUGUUGCUGAGCCAGCAAAAACCUCCUUGUAAACAACCCCACCCUACCCCACAUGAAGUCCCUUGACCCUCCUAUCCAGUUCUGCUAAGAAGAAGAAAACGACGUUCUAGGCCAGGUCCUAUUCCAAUGAAGUCACUGGAGUUCUGCUGAGAUUAGGACUUCUGUUGAGUUUUGUUUGCUUCCUUCCCCCUCUUAAGAAAAAGAAAAAAAGGUGUCAAGUUCCUGUCCCUCAUCUUAGGUGCACUCUUCUUUGGAUGGCCUCUCUGUGGGUGAUAACCUCUCUUGUCCCCCAGUGGUUGCCUUUUGCAAAGCUUGUUGGCAUACUUUUUUUAAAGGAAAAAAAACCCUCUGUAACUCCGGUUUACAGCCACCCAUUGCCACUUCUCUUGAGGGGUUUUCACAUGUUACGUUCGACGACAAGUGCACAGUCUUUCUGGCCCAGGGUGCACAUCUACUGAGCUGUACACUUGUAUGGUUAUUCACAUGUAACAAUCAAGGAGUGUACCGUCUGUGUGUGCAAGUCACAAUUUUCCACACGCACUCUGAUCGCUGUGUUCAGCAUAAUGUGUGGAACAAGCCACGCAUUAUGUGAAGUUCUGGUGCUGAGCUGAGGAUCAGCUGGGGCUGUGGAAGGAAACUUUGUGUAUGGCCUUCACUAUCCCACCUGCCCAGGUUCUGCUUAUGAUGGAAAACAGCCUGUAAAAGUUUGAAAUGGGCAAGAGAGGUGCUAUGUAAUUUCCCUCUCCUGUUGCACGGCCAGAGAACAGAAUUACUCCCCUAUAGCUUGAAGUAGUUAAGGUUCUGGACUUUGUGGUGGUGGGGAGAACAAAAGCAACUCCUCUGAUAAAUGGGGCAUACAGACCCUCCUUCCCUCUGACCUGAGAAGCAUCGCAAGUCUUACAGAAAUUCCCUUUGCUUCCCUUUGAACUCCUCUGUUUGCUUGUUUUGGUCUGCCAGAUUGCCAAAUCUGCCUUGCAGUUGCGCUUUCAGUGGAACUUUGACAGCAGCUUCGACAGGUGUGGAUCGGGGCCACUCCUGGGGUUCUUAAAGUAGGACCUGGGGGCAUCAAUCAAAGCAUCUUCCUAGGGUCCAGCUCCACAAUUUUUGCCCCCCCCCCCAGGAAUGGGCUGGCAACCUCUCUUGCAGACUGUGGCAGCAGAGUUUUGCACAGAGACCUGGCAGAGGUCAAACCGUGAGUCUCGUGCCAACAGGUGGGAAGUCUCAAGUCUGUUGCCAGGUCAGCUCCCAUGCAGAACACCAGACUUCGCCAGUUGGGUGCCAUCCAGAUGUUGUGGUCACGACUC